AUGCCGAGCCCCCGGAGGAACGCGGACGGACGCCCGCUGGCCGCCUCGGCAUCGAGCAGCAGCAGCCCCGGCAGCCCGGCCCACGGCGGCGGCGGCAGGUUCGAGUUCCAGUCGCUGCUCAGCAGCCGCGCGCCGGGCGCGGACCCCACCUGCGCCCGGCUCCGCGCGUCCGACAGCCCGGUGCACCGCCGCGGCUCCUUCCCCUUGGCCGGGGCGGGCCCCUCGCAGGCAGCCCCGGCCCCGCUGCCCGAGGAAGACCGCAUGGACCUGAACCCGUCCUUCUUAGGCAUCGCCCUGCGCUCCCUGCUAGCAAUCGACCUGUGGCUGUCCAAGAAGCUGGGGGUGUGCGCCGGGGAGAGCUCGUCCUGGGGUAGCAUGCGGCCCCUUAUGAAGCUGCUGGAGAUCUCGGGACACGGCAUCCCUUGGCUCCUGGGGACCCUCUACUGCCUGGCCAGGAGCGACAGCUGGGCCGGGCGCGAGGUGCUCAUGAACCUGCUCUUCGCCCUUCUCUUGGACCUGCUGCUGGUGGCCCUGAUCAAGGGGCUGGUGCGCAGGCGCCGCCCGGCUCACAACCAGAUGGACAUGUUUGUCACCCUCUCAGUGGACAAGUACUCCUUCCCCUCGGGCCAUGCCACCAGGGCCGCCCUGGUGUCGCGGUUCAUCCUGAACCACUUGGUGCUGGCCAUUCCGCUGAGGGUGCUUGUGGUCCUAUGGGCUUUCAUCGUGGGCUUCUCCAGAGUCAUGCUGGGGCGGCACAAUGUCACUGAUGUGGCUUUUGGCUUUUUUCUGGGCUACACGCAGUACAGCAUCGUGGACUAUUGCUGGCUUUCGCCCCACAAUGUCCCGGUCCUCUUUGUACUUUGGAACCAACAAUGACACCAUCUCAUUCAUUAUGGCACCCGGAGUUCUGAAGGUUUCCUCAUGCGAUGAAGCCAGCGUAAGCCAGAGGCAAUCCCGCUUGUCCCUUUAAGGACAUUUCAAGCUUCGUUUGGGAUUUCAGGUGUCAUUCCGUCUUGAUGGGUUGCUAGGCUGGAGAACAUGCUGGCCAUUAUGACCACAGCCAUAUUACAGAAAGCAAAAAAAAAAAAAAAA